CUAGUUCCAUCCACUUCCGCCCUGGUUACGUAUAGCGACUCACGUGGUAAAGUACGUCAAGACGUUGUUCCUGCAGUGGUUUCGCAGCUAUGGCGGCUCGGGCACCGGUUGCAGCAUCUGGGCGUUUUCUGGACAGCCUGCGCAAGUGGUACUACGGUGCUGCAGGAUUCAAUAAACUUGGUUUAAUGAGAGAUGACACAAUCUUUGAAGAUGAUGAUGUAAAAGAAGCAAUACGGAGACUUCCAGAAAAUCUUUAUAAUGACAGAAUGUUUCGCAUUAAGAGGGCUCUUGAUCUUAGCCUUAGACAGCAAAACCUACCAAAACAGCAGUGGACAAAAUAUGAAGAGGAUGUUCAUUACCUUGAACCCUACCUGAAAGAAGUUAUCCGUGAAAGAAAAGAAAAAGAAGAAUGGCAGAAGAAAUAAGGCGUCUUUUCAUGCCAGCAAUGUACAGUGAAACUCAAUAUUCAAAAACCUAAGCCAAUAUCCGUCUCUGGAGCUGACCAAUAAUAAAUGUUCAAGAAAAA